CUGGGGCUGUGGCUCAGAGGCUCAGGAGAGCAUACAGAGAAGGAUCUUUGGGCUAAAUGCUGACUUAAAAGGGCUUGGAACUGAGCGCAGAAACAACCAACCGUUCUCCGUGCUCCCCCUUCUCACCAACAACAAAAAAAGAAAAAAAGUUUGUUUCUGGCUGCGUUCAGGCCAGACACAAGAUUUUAUACAUUCCUCGUGAAUAACAGGGCUAUGACACAGCAGUAAACGACUAUGGUACACUGCUCCCGGCAAUGUCCCCAGCCCGUAAGACCUUACAAAUGCUCAGCACAGCCUCCUGUCUCCAGCAUCACCCGCUUCCCCGCCACCCUGCAAGGGGACCCCGCGGCCAGGCGGAUCCGGUCCUGCCCCCGGCCACGGGGCGCACGCCAGGACCGCGACACCACCAACUCCUCCCGGAGCCUGUCCCCACCCAAGGGACGACAGCAGCGGCGCGGGCAGACCGCGGCACACCGAGCCGCUUUCGUGCCUCCACCGCCGCCGCGCAGGCUCGGGGCAGGAACCGCGCCUCCCGCCGGCCCCGGGCUCACCGCCGGCCCCGCCGCCCUUAGGAGGACCAAACCCCAGCUGAGGUGGUGACCAGCAGCACCCAGAGAGGAGAGGGAGGUGCAGAGGUACCAAAUGAAACAAAACGCAUGAAAGGAAGGAAGCAGCGUCAGCGCUCUGCAGCCAGGAAGAUGGCUGGGGAAAGGGGACCUGCAACUUCCGUGAUGCUGCACAGGAGACCAAGCAGGGUUUAAGCCCUGUCCCUGAUGUUUUGGGACCCUCCCCUAACAUGGCUGUCCUUUGCAGUUGAUAUUUGGAUACAAUCCUAGUUGUCAGCAUGAAAGGAAAAACUGGACACUGUGACUGGAAAUCUGCACCCCAAAAGAAGCCCUCUCCCUGCGAUCGGUAUAAACAUGCUUGCAUUAUUUGCAGAGGAUUUGUUUAUCUCUAUGGAGGGCGGAACACCACCAGUCUCAGGGAUUUUUGGCGAUACAAUAUAGUGAAAAAGGAAUGGGAAAUGCUGGAUUGCCCAAGAGAUGGUCCAGAAGAACUGGAAGAACAUUCAAUGGUGGCUUAUAAGGGCACUCUGUAUAUUUUUGGUGGGAUGGUGGAUUCUGCUUUCACACAAGCAAAAACUCCUCUCUGGAUAUAUGACAUUGAUUCUGCAAGAUGGACAGAGUGCUGUAACGUACCAGCAGAGACUGAGAGCUUGGCACCAACUAACAGAAGAGGUCACAGUGCAGUGGUGUACCAUUCCAGCAUGUACAUCUAUGGGGGAUACUUUGGCAUCAGAGGCAUUUCACAGGAGUUUUGGACUUUCCAUUUUGAUACAAGAAAAUGGUUGCGUAUUUCCACCCCACUUCACAACACUGGCCCGGGACCUCGGCAUGGCCAUUCAGCAGUGGUUUAUCAUACAGGCAUGUACCUCUUUGGAGGACUGAUGGGGCUGAGCGAACAGAAGGACUUAUGGAAGUGGGACUUCGUAAGCAGGAGUUGGUCCAACAUCAGAACAAGCCAAGGACCUCCUCCAGUGGUAGGUCACGCUUCAAUAGUCUUCAAAGACUCUAUGCUGAUUUUUGGUGGAGGAAUUUCAAAUUCCAGUCCUAACAAUGACCUCUGGAAGUAUCAUUUCCAUACGCAGACAUGGAAGAAGCUUAGCAGUACUACAAAGGCAAACUUUUCUUCUAAAAUGUAUCACUGCAUCUUAGGAAUUGGUGUUGAUUUCCAAACUACCUCAGAUUUCACUAAUACAUUCCCCAGCCAUUGGAAUAGUAAGCAGAAGGACCACCACCAGCUGGUGACCAUCCCAAAGCACACGCGCUUUUACAACUAUUUCCAUCAACAGCCGGCAUACCGAGCAUUUGGCCACGAGGAAAGCAAUGCAAUUGAAAUGAAAACCUUUAGCUUGCCUCUGGAGCCAGGGGGCUUUUGUGCAUUUCAAACCACUUCAGAGGCAGAACUAGACCCAAACAGAGCAACAAGCAUUUUGUCCAAGGAUGAGUCUCUCCGUCUGUUUGUCUCUUCAGAAAAAGAGACUUUUGCUGCCGCUCAGGUUGUGGGAGAAGAGGGAACCGACUGUCAGUACGCGACCGCAGUGGAUGAAGUUGGCAGUGAUACCAAUGUGCUGCUGCUUGUUGGGGGUAAACCUUUGUCCAGUUUCUCAGAGAUCUCAUUCUGGCAAAUGGAGUUUGAUAGCUUGUGAUCACUUUGAUUGCAAAGUGAAAGAAUAAAUUUCCACCAACUUGCCAGUAGGUGGUAAACCAACUGCUUGCAACUGUCUUCAGCUUCUAUCAGCAGGCUGGGGAAAAAAAAAAUUAAACCUUCUCAUACUUGCUGUGAACAGAUUUUUUUACAAUGUGAACAAAACCUGACAUAUAUUUAAGUUACAACUUGCAUGUAGGUUGCAAUUGCUGAGAGGAGCUUGUUGGAAUGCUGCUCUUUUUGUUACUUUUUCUUCUGGUCAGUUAAUAAACUUUCAAAUUGCAGUGGCUGAUGCUGCCUUGAAAAUCAGAACUACAAGUAACCCCUACUGGCUCCGUAAAUGCCGUUUCAGGUGCCAAGCUUGCUCAUCUUGCACCCAUAAAACUGCAUUUAAAUCAAAUUUGUGCAUGUUAUGGUCACGUUUGAGAGAUUUGCUGAAUCUUAAUGGCAACUUUUAAGAUUUUAUUUUCUUGAGCGUUCUUUGCACGAUAUAUGUGCAACGUGAGAUGGCCUAUAACAGAGAAGAAAUCCAACAGGCAAAUUAGCAAGUGAAAUCUAGAAGAUAUUCAAGGAUUGCAUCUAACCCUGAGGAAGUGAAACCUCAAGUUCCCUCGGAAAACCACGUGAAGCAUUCAACCAGAGGAAGUGUGUUACGCCUGGAAGAAGAGUUGCCCAGUGAAUGUUGGGGUAAUGACUGAGCCCAGGAGCAAAAGGUUUUGACUUUCUAUUGGCGGGGGGGGAAGGCAGCAGGCUUGAUGGGAGCAGCACAAAACAUAAGCUGUUCUGACUGGUAACUCAAAUUUUAGCCACAAAGGGAUUUCUGCUUUUCCAACUCUCUCUCUGUUUUGUCAACACGUGUAGUAGUUGUUACACAUUUCCCCUCUAUACUAGUAAAUCUUGAGUUCAUGUAUCAUUUGUUUGUCUUUGUUGAAAAGAAAAAGGGCUUUUUUGGAAAGAUAAUACUGUCCAGUGUUUCAAGUAUUUAUUUCCAUUGAAGUUACUAAGAUUCUGGCCUUCUGACUGAACUUCAGCCUUCUGUAAGAAGAGAUGCCGAUGUCUGAAAUUACUGCAAAGUGUAAUUUAAUCCUUCUGAAUAUUUGAAAAGAUUUUCAAAGGUUUCAUAGGAAUAAUGAAUUUUAAGUGAGAGUAGUUAGAGAUACUUUUGUCGUCUCUUCACAAGUAGCUGUCACAUGAAUUCAAUAGGAAAAUUACAGAUGAGUUUGCAAAAAGCUACUUAAGAGUUAUUUGGACCUUCUGUGACCUUUGUUUGGAAACAGGAUUGUUUGCUGCCAUAUGAAUAAAGCCUGCUGCAUUUCCUA